AUGGCAAGGAAUACAGACGCAGCAUCAGAAUCUUGGACGGCGAACCAAAUAGCCGUUUUCUGGCAUGAAGGUAUGCUCAAUCAUGAUACCGGCAACGGAGUUUUCGACACAGGAAUUGAUCCCGGUUUUCUAGACGUGUUGGAAAAACAUCCUGAAAACUCAGACAGAGUCAAAAACAUGGUUUCCAUCCUCAAAAGAGGCCCUAUCUCUCCCCAUCUUUCUUGGAACAUUGGAAGACACGCUCUCAUCCAUGAGCUCCUUUCAUUUCACACUCCUGAGUACAUAAAUGAACUGGUAGAAGCUGAUAAAGAAGGCGGAAAGACGCUUUGUACCGGCACAUUCUUGAACCCUGGGUCAUGGGAUGCUGCACUUCUAGCUGCUGGCACAACACUGUCUUCCAUGAAGCAUUUGCUAGAUGGACAUGGAAAAAUUGCUUAUGCUUUGGUUAGGCCGCCCGGUCAUCACGCUCAGCCUUCUCAGGCCGACGGAUACUGUUUCCUUAACAACGCGGGUCUAGCAGUACAGUUAGCUUUAGAUUCCGGAUGUAAAAAAGUUGCGGUUAUAGAUAUUGAUGUUCAUUAUGGAAAUGGCACAGCAGAGGGAUUUUAUUCAUGUAAUAAAGUUCUUACAAUCUCUCUUCAUAUGAACCAUGGAUCAUGGGGUCCGUCUCAUCCGCAGAAUGGUUCUGUUGAUGAGUUAGGUGAAGGAGAAGGUUAUGGUUAUAACCUUAACAUACCUCUACCAAAUGGAACUGGGGACAAAGGAUAUGUAUAUGCCUUCAAUAAGUUGGUUGUUCCGUUGAUCGAUAAAUUUGAGCCGGAUAUGAUAGUGUUGGUUAUAGGACAAGACUCAAGUGCAUUCGAUCCAAAUGGAAGGCAAUGCUUGACAAUGGAAGGAUAUAGAGAAAUCGGGCGGAUAGUUCAUGAUCUUGCGACGAGACAUAGUGACGGGCUUGUUCUUAUUGUGCAGGAAGAUCCUGUUGCCUAUUAUCCCGAGGAUGAGACAUUUUCUGUCAAGGUUAUAGAAGCCAUUAAAAGUUACGUAAAAGAUAAAAUGCCCUUAUGGAGAACAGGUUAA